AACCACAAAUCAAUUUCUUUCCAUUUUCCUUUUGUUAUCCAUUCAUUUCAAUCUCUAGCAUUCAUCAUCUUUCCCCAGAUCCUCGUUGAUGAACCCAGGAGGAACCCAGCGACGUUGCUGGGUUCGAUCGAUGAAUGAACACAACGGCGUCGUUGGGUUCAUCGAUCGAACCCAACAACGCCUGCUGGGUUCAUCGAUCGAACCCAGCAACGUCACUGGGUUCUGGGUUCCUCCUGGGUUCAAUUGAUGAACCCAGCAGGCGCUCCUGGGUUCAUCGAUCGAACCCAACAACGUUGCUGGGUUCCUCCUGUGUUCAAUCAAUGAACCCAGUAGGCGCUCCUGGGUUCGAUCGAUGAUCCCAGCAGGUGCUGCUGGGUUGCUAAAGACAGUGAAGAGAUUUGGAGGCAAAGAUAACAAGGGAGUAACGAACAAAGUCGGUAAUGGGAAAGCUUGGUUGGCAACUCUGGGUUUUUUCAACAACGCAUUCAAUUUCUUCUGCAACAAUUUCCAUUCCUUAUCAUUUAAUCUUUAUUUCCCCCUUUGUUAUGGAUUUGGGUUUCUUUAUUAUAGAUCUGGGUUUUGUAGCUUUCCUAUUUCAAUUAUUUUAUUCUCUUGAUUCCUGUUUCUCUAAGAAGUGGGUAUGCUUUUAUUGCUAUAUUAUCGAGAAGGUAGGUCGAUGGGGUUUGGGACUCUGGGUUCCUUGUGCGAUUGUCGCACGGCAUGGUGGGUUCCUCGUGUGAUUUAGGUGUUGUGUGUUUUUACUUACGUUUUGUAACUUUCAACAGCCAUUAAGAAUAUAAUUAAGAGAAUAAAAGAAAAACAAGUUACUUUU